GGGCGGAGGUGUUUAGCGGUGGGACCAGGUGAGGAGAUUUCCGGUAGCGGCCUGUCGGCGCGGCCGGAGCCGGUUGAGGGAUCGGUUGCUGGAGGCACCGGGAAUGGUGCGGGAGCGCUUGGUGCUGUCGGUGACAGAGAGGGAGAGCCGAGGAUCAAGAAAGUGCAUCAGCCAUGUUGACUUUAGCAAAAAAACUGAAGCGUGAAGAGGGCAUGAAGGGGAGAAGCAACACAAAUCCGGGGACAGACUCAUCCCGUCGUGUGUCCAUUCGAGAUAAGCUGCUCAUCAAAGAGGUUGCAGAACUUGAAGCAAACCUUCCCAGCACGUGUAAAUUGGAUUUUCCUGAUGCAAACAAACUUUAUUCCUUCCAGCUGAAUGUCAUGCCAGAUGAAGGGUAUUAUCAAGGUGGUAGGUUCCAGUUUGAAACAGAUGUUCCAGAAGCCUACAACAUGGUGCCUCCUAAAGUGAAGUGUUUAACCAGAAUUUGGCACCCCAAUAUUACUGAGACUGGAGAAAUCUGUUUAAGCUUGCUGAGGGAACACUCCAUUGAUGGCACAGGCUGGGCUCCAACCAGAACUCUAAAGGAUGUGGUCUGGGGAUUGAAUUCAUUAUUUACGGAUCUCUUGAAUUUUGAUGAUCCCUUGAAUAUCGAAGCGGCAGAGCAACAUCUGCGUGACAAGGAGGACUUUCGGAGUAAAGUGCAGGAUUAUAUUAGGCGCUAUGCAAGAUGAUCAGAUGAGCUGCCUUGAGGGACACUUUACUUCAAGGUGUAGAAGCCAAGUCUUCUGUCUUCUGAUGUCGAUCAUCAAUUAAACACAGGAUUGAGGCAGUCCAGUAGCAGUGUUGUUAUGAAGAAAGGCUGUUGGUGCUACUUUGAAUUCAGCGUCAAUGCAGCACAGCAAGUGAUGGGCAACUUUGGGCUAAGAUUCAAGAAUAAUUACUCUUAUUGUGGCAAAAUAGUCGAGUUUUCUUCAAUUAUAAGGAUUGUACAGAGCAUCUGGGGUCUGUCUCUUUACUGAGUGAAUCAAAAAGGACAUUUUUCUCGUGUAAUCUGGUGUGGUAUGGAAACCACAAUAUUUUGCAACAAAAUGUCUUAAGACAGAAGUGUUUAAUUGAAGCAUUAACAGCAUGUGGCUUGCAAAUAUUAAACAACUGUGUGUGGAAAAUCCAGUGAGCAACACAUGAGCCAGUGUCUCAGUCCUCACUUGGGACACUGCCUUAAAUAAAUUGUACGCAUUACUUGGCC